AGGAAAACGGCCGUACUACACUUUGUGGUGUUGUAUAUCAACCCCGCGUAGCAACAACAACACGAUGCGCAGCAGCAGCGGUGACGGUGACGGCGACAGCAGACAUGGGGAAGAGCAGCUGAGGGAAGAGGGAAGCAACAGGCAGGGCGGCGCAGGUGAAGGAGAGGACGAGACACACAGCAGGGCUGACGAUGGUGAUGUUGACAGCGCGGAGGACAGCUCUGGCGAUGACAAUGGCAAUGACAAUGACAAUGACAAUGGCAAUGGCAAUGGCAAUGGCAAUGGCAUGUCAAAAAGUACAACAGCAACAGCCGCCAUGUACGAUGACCUGCUGUUCUACGCAGAGCAGUUUGCGGCGUCGCAGUCCUUCUCCAAGGAAAAGCGGGCCGUGGUGCAGACGAUCGCACACAAGCUGUGGGAGGCCUGCCUCUCAACGCCAUUCAACAACGUCGACGAGACGGUCGCCUUGUUACGGGACCAGCUGAUCAAACACAGCGUGCACAGGCCGCCGUGGAGCGAAGGCAUCCUCACAUAUUCGGACUGUCAGUGCGUCCUCGACUACUUUCUCAGAACCUUCUUCGCCCACUUCAAGCUCUACAAAAUGGCAUGCACGCGCCAAAUCACCCUUGCUGCCACCGCCGACACGCAGCCUGACCCACCAGCCAAGACCCGCCGACCCCUUUCCCACGCCGUUGUACGACCGCCCAGCUCGCCCAAGCCCACCUCCGCACACAACAGGGAACGUCCCAUCUCCCCAACAGAAACAACAGCGUCUUCGCAAGGACAAGAAGAACCACCAGCAACCACGCACCAAACAGUCGGCUGACGGUGCUCUUGUACCGUUCUUGUGUCGACUGCUGGAAUGUGUUGUACCGAGUUAACCGCUGCCUCAAGGGAAGAGGAGGAACGUGUGUGUGUGUGUGUGUGUGUGUGUGUUUGUGUGUGUUUGUUUGUGUUUGAAAUGGGCGUUGGCUGUCCAUCUUUCGUUUUGCUGGGAGUGGCACGCUGGUGCUGUACAUCGCGUGCUGAUCCGUACAAGAAGCCAUCAACUCUACAUUACAUCAUCCG